AUGAAUGGCUAUUUAAUGGGUGGUGCUCAUGGUGAUGAUGACAAUGGUGAUAAUGAAGAUGAUGGUGACAAUGGUGAUAAUGAAGAUGAUCAUGGUGAAGAUGAUAGUGGUGGUCAUAAUAAUAAUGAAGAUGGUUGCAGGGACAGUCACAAUGUUGAUAAUGAUGGUGAUAGUGGUGAUGGUGAAGGUCAUGAUAGUGAAGAUGAUGGUGGUGAUGAUGGUGAAGGUGAUAGUGGUAAUGAUGGUGAUGAUGGUGAAGAAGAUCAGUGGUGAUGAUGGUGAGGAUAAUGGUGAAUAUGAUGGUGAUGAUGGUGAAGAUGAUGGUGAUGAUGGUGAAGAUGAUGGUGAUGAUAAUGGUGAUCAUGAUAGUGAUGAUGGUGGUGAUGAUGGUGAAGAUGGUGGUGAUGAUAGUGGUGACAAUGGUGAUGAUGGUUUGUAAUAAUGGUGAAGAAGAUGGUGAUGAUGGUGAAGAUGGUGAUGAUGAUAAUGGUGAAGAUGGUGAUGAUGAUGAAGAUGAUGAUAAUGGUGAUGAUGGUGAUGAUAGUGAAGAUGGUGAUGAUGGUAAAGAUGGUGAUGAUGAUAAUGGUGAUGAUGGUGAAGAUGAUGGUGAUGAUGAUAAUGAUAGUGAAGAUGAUGAUAGAUGGUGGUAA